AUGGCUCUCAGAUCAAACUUCAAGAAUGUGAAGAUCGACGAGGAAGACGAAUUUGUUUGCCAAUGUGGGUUUCGCAUGAAGGACUUCCCCGUCAAGAAGAAUCCAAGUGCUUAUUAUGGGUUGCACUUCCACGCCUGCGCAAAACACAGCGCCGACCCAACCCGCUGCAAGUCGACAAUUUGGUCUGACGAGAAGGAGCGAGUGCGGAGCUUGAUACCCCCUGCUAUGCGAUCACCUCGAACACCGCGGAAGCAGGUCGAUAUCCGGGUCUUCGGGCAGUACACGGCGCCGAGUACGUUGAAACGCAAGGCAGAGACAGAGUCAUUCGAUAGUGCGGGCAGUGAUAUGACGGUUAACGAACCAGUUUCACCGUGCAUCUCUAGACCUGUGAAGAGGGUGAGCUUUGCUUACGUUGACGUCGCGACCCAAACCGGAGAUACCAGCGCCGCUUCGUCUACAGCUUCAACUCGGCCAGCUCCCCGUCCAGUUGCUAGACCUACCCCGACCGCAAGGCCGAUGCCGAGGAGACGGUUAUUCGAAGAAUACUUGGUGGCGCCGAAAAGCAAACCCACCGCAAAGUUCGAUCCGUUCGCUCCUCGAUCGCAAGAACACAAUAGAGGCGACCAGGAUCUAUCCGUACCAACGACUCCACCUGGUAGGCGUCCAAGACAGUCUUUGUCGCCUCCGGAAACGCCAGCGACCGUCCCCAAAAUCCGCAAAGUCAACGCAGUUCCUUUCCCAGCGGGCGGAUGUCUGGCCCCGCAAGCAAAAGGGUCAUCGACGCCCCCAAGCAUGCGAAAUUCCAAGACCGGGUUAUUCACCCCUCCAACCGCCAGGCGCUGUCAGACAUCUCACCCUCAUCCUUCCACGGAGCAUGAUCAGCCGGAGCCGGGAACACCCACAAAAAGCAACUACAGCUCCGUGUCAGCAUCGCGGCCGCAGCCUGACGCUACCCCGCCCAACACCGACAGUGACAACGAAACAUAUGGCUGGGAUGACGAUCUCAACCAAAAUAUUCUGCAGAUUAUGGAAACUGUCGAGAAUCGAAGACACGGCCCCCUGUUUGUUUGA